AUGGUACUCGGAUAAAUGAGCGAUAUGAUCUUGUUAAGUUAAUAGGAAGAGGAUCAUAUGGCUAAGUGUGGGAAACUAAAGAUAUUGAGGAUAGUGAAUCUGGGAGAACUUAUGCCAUCAAAAUUGUCUUACUCGAAUUAUAGAAUUUGGGUCUCAAUAAAACUAACAUUUUAUUCUUAUGGAAAAAUUAGGUCCUAGCCUGGAAGAUCUCCUCCUAUGAACUGGCAAGACCUUCACUUUAAUAUUAUCCGUGAUCUGCACUCGUAAGAAAUUGGAUACAUCCAUCAUGACAUAAAACCGGAUAAUGUACUGAUAAGAUAAGAAAACAGGACUAGCUAUUAGUCUUCACUAUUGAAUCUUAUCGAUUACAGUGUUUGCAGACCGAUUUACAAGAGUUUAGAGGAUGAUAUGAAUUCAGAUGAUUCUGAUGAAUUCAAUGGAAAUAUUGUUUUCGCUAGUCCUUCUCAAAAAGAUGACAUUAUAUCAAUUCUUUAUAUGUUGAUCUACUUGAGAGAUGGAGAUUUGCCCUGGACUAAAAAUUUUCGUUUAAUGACUAUGGAGUAAAAUUUUGAGAGAAUCUUGAAGCUUAAGGAGCAAUUCCACAUUGAAGCAAUAUAGACUAGUCCUUUCACAUUUCUAAUUCAAAUUAUUGACUAAAUGCCUUCAAGUGGAAAGAUAGAAUACAAGUUUUUCAUCCAAGCACUUUAGAAUGAAAUGAAAAAAACAAACAUGAAAAUUGACUGGAUUAUGGACUGGAGUUAACCAUCAGAACUUCCUUAACACUCCUUAGAGCAUAAUCAGCAUGAAUUUUCUUACUUCUUGAUAAAAGAUUAGAAGGUUUUUAUAAGAAAUUUGCAAGGUACAACUAAUAUGGCUAGUAACAUCAUAUUUAGUUCUGGAUUGGAGGAUAAUCCAGGUGCUAUAAUGUCAGAUAACUUCAAUUUUAUGAUAUCUGGCAUAAGCUCCUAAGAUAUCUAAAUGAGUGAAGCACCAUCCUAAGGUCGGUUAAAACUUAACUAAUUCAGUAUCAACUUGAAUGAUUCAAAAAGUGUUAUUAGCUAAUAGAAGAGUAACAAAUUCUUAUACAGUAAUGUCUAAAAGCUUAAUGAAGUAAAUUAGUAAUUAUCAAGAAAGAGAAUAAGUUAAUCAAAUAAAAAGAGUUUUUUUAAAGGCUGUCAUUUCGAACUAGGAAAGUUAUAAUAAAGUAUCUCAUAAAAAAUUGACUUUAUUUAAGAGGAAAUUAAGGAAGAGGAUAGUAAUUCAAUGUGA